CGAACCAGGUUUAUACACUUCUUUACAUUGACCUCAUCGCCACGUAGCUAUACAGACACACAUACACAUUUACACACAAACCAAAAAUCACCAUUCAAACCAGUCAGUCAGAGCCAGAGAGACGCCGGGCGCAGCAGGGCAUAGCAUUCAAAUACACACGUUGUCGGAUUGAUACUGUGCACUUUGCUGCAUAAUUGCGCAACAGACGGGUGGAAUGCGUUGGAAAGAUUCUGCACACUGGUUCCGUGGCAUGUUUUUAGCCAGGGGUUGAGAUGUACAAUUGGUUUCAUGUUUCUGAUAGAUAUAUGUGGCAGGUGUGACCACUAUCCGACAACAGCGGACCGAAACGUGCUAUGCUAUUGAAAAUUUCUAGAUAGAAUGCGUCACUGGCGUGUCGCCGAUCGCUCUUCCGUUCUAACGGCAUCCUGGACGAAGCCAUUCGGUUUACAGCCUCCCUCUCUGGCGAUUUGCAUAAUAGCAAAAUAGCAAAGCUGCAGAUUUUGGGUUAAUGUCUUUAUUUAACAAGGUUAUCGGCUAUUAUAAGAUUCGAGAGCUUUGGGUUCGCACAAAGUACUAUUUUACUUUCCGUUCCUACAGCAGUUUCAGUCGGAACAGAUAUGCGAGAUAACGUUAGUGAGAUUCUUCCGUGUAAUUCCAUUGCACGCACACCAUUGAAACGGGAGAGAAAUCACUGCCUAUAAAAUAUUAACAUUUAAAAACCAAUUUUAUCGAACGGGAAAACCAUAAUAGGAACAAACGAAAAAGCAUAGAAAAUCAUUUAACUGAGCUCCCGCGGCAACACUUGGCUGUGUGUCGUGCGCGGCCUCACUUGGACAGGACGAGGAACGAUAACAAUGCUCCUUUCUAAGGUGGAUACAUUAAGGAAGUAAAUUUAACUAACGUCACCAUCGCAUACCAACUGGUCGCUCUACCUGCUGCGAGAAUAAAUAGUUUUACAAUUGAUUGUUUGUUCUCCGAUAUUAAGCUUAAUGUCAAGCUUUCAUUGACAUUGGACAAGGCACAGGUGCACAUACCUACGAACACAAACAAACACACAUACACACAGAAACACGACGUAUCGUAAUCGCGAAACUGGGGAGAUAGAGAAGAAAGCGCCAGAAAAGAAGCACACAUUCACUUCCACCCACAAAAAACUCAACAAUGACAUUCCAGAACGGUGACAAUCGGUUGUUUCAACUUGAAUGCUGUGGUUCGCACAAAAGAAAAACAGAAAACAGACAGAAAACCGUGCCUGAAGGUGGCAUUGGACUAACAGGAGCUAUCUAACGCACGCACGCGAUGAUUACGCGAUGAACACUCGAUCUUCCCAAUCAAAACUUGCGAUCGUGCGAAGGCGCCGGGGGCACCCUCCUAUCAUCGGUUCAUUUCUUAGCAACUCUCCAACAACAGACCGUUCAGCGGUUUUAUGUAUUAUCAACGCAACACUGACCUACUGGAAUCAAGUAUGGCCCCCGUUACCCUUGUACCGACCGGUCUCCCGUUCGAUAAAGGCAAAGAUCGAAGAAAACACGCAACAUACAACGGAAAGGAAAUACUUCAGACGACAACAUGUAGCAGCAGUAGAAUGCCAGCAAAAGUUGAAACAAUCGUGCACACGAAUGCGAAUGCAAGCAAAGCAAUCCCGGUUGUAGGUUGCAGAGACAAAAUCGGAAUGAAAGAGGAUAGUAGAAACGAGCAUGUGAGAGUGAAAGCGAAAAGAGAGAGAGAGAGAGAGAGAGAGAGAGAGAGAGAGAGGGAGAGAAAGGAAUUCGCAAGGAUAGCGAGAAAAAAUAGAAAAGAACAAGAAGGAGAAAGAGCGAAUGUGUGUAAGUGUGUGCGGAACGAGGGAUGAACGUAUGAAGAAAUAUUGAAAAAACAAUUAAGAAAAAAAGUAAUUCCUAAUGUUGUUUGUUAUAAUCAAAAAAUAAACUGUUACAUAAAUUAUAAAAAGUAAUAACAAAAAACGUAAGAAAGUAUCUGGGAAAAAAAAGGAAAAUGUUAAGAGUAUAGAACUCAUUUUGAUAUUAAAUACAAACGCAGAACACAGCAAGCGCGAAGGGGGUUCGAAUUAGCGCAAAAUCGGAGCAAAAGGGCAAAGCGCAAUAGAUAAUUACCGACUUUCACGUGCGUGUGUCCGCGAUAGUAACGUCUCCAAGUUGGGAGCACACAGAUGGUUGCAGCUAGUAGAAGUGGUGUGCAAAACAUUGGCCAUAGCAGCAUAGGGCCGAUGGAGAUGAUGCUGAGCAAACAAAAAAAAAAUCCCCUACACACUUACACACGGACACACUAACACGAACACCCAACUAUCCUAAAGAAGAUAGACACAAUUUCAGCA